UUCAGUGGCUGCCCAGUUGAUCCGUUCACUCUAUUGUCUCGGAAUUAAGUCGUGUCACAGAUCAUGGCUCCCUGGCCGGAGGUAGAAAAGCCUGAAACCAACAACUAUAUUGGGGACUCUUCCAAACAAAACCAGAACAUGGCUGGGAAAGAAGGAGAAAAUCACAAAGGCAACGUGGCUUCACUUGGAAAUAAAGGGGAAAUUCAACCUGCAUUUUCCACAGUAGCUUUGAUAGAUGAGACAAGACCAGAAGAAGAAGACCCGUGGGCUCUGCCAGAACUGCAGGACACCGGGGUCAAGUGGUCAGAUCUGGAUACAAAAGGAAAAGUCAUUCGUGUACUCUAUGGGAUAGGGAAGUUCAUUAUGCUCCUUUGCUUACUCUACAUGUUUGUGUGUUCUCUGGAUGUACUGAGCUCUGCUUUUCAACUGGUAGGAGGUAAAGCCGCAGGGGACAUAUUUAAAGAUGAUUCAGUGCUCUCGAAUCCUGUUGCGGGACUGGUGAUCGGAGUUCUGGUGACUGUGAUGGUCCAGAGUUCCAGCACCUCCUCAUCCAUCAUAGUCAGCAUGGUGUCCUCCACAUUGCUGACUGUUAGAGCAGCUAUUCCUAUCAUCAUGGGAGCAAACAUUGGCACCUCAGUUACAAACACAAUUGUGGCACUUAUGCAAGCUGGGGACAGGAAUGAAUUUAGAAGGGCCUUUGCUGGGGCAACAAUCCAUGAUUUCUUUAACUGGCUGGCUGUGUUUGCACUGUUACCUGUUGAAGUCAUUACUGGCUAUCUCUUCCAUCUCACCAAUGUUAUAGUUGAGUCUUUUCAACUUGAAAGUGGUGAGGAUGCUCCAGAGCUACUAAAAGUUAUCACAGACCCCUUUACAAAGCUCAUCAUUGAGCUUGAUAAAUCAGUAAUAAAUGCAAUUGCCAUGAACGAUGAAUCAGCAAAAAACAAAAGCCUGGUAAAGAUCUGGUGUGUGACUGAAACCAAUGUGACACUGCAGAAUGUCACAAUUCCACCUUCCGAAAACUGCACAUCUCCUGAGUUUUGCUGGAGUGAAGGAAAUACGACAUGGACCCUCAAGAAUAUAACUGAAGUAGACUAUAUCACUAAAUGCCAACACAUCUUUGUAGACUCAGACCUGCCUGAUCUUGGUAUCGGGCUCAUCCUUCUGGCUUUGUCCCUGCUUGUUCUCUGCUCCUGUUUGAUAGCCAUCGUUAAGCUAUUAAACUCUGUGCUUAAAGGACAAGUGGCCAGUGUUAUCAAGAAGACAAUCAACACUGAUUUUCCAUUUCCUUUUACUUGGCUGGCUGGUUACCUGGCUAUGCUCGCAGGGGCUGGUAUGACCUUCGUUGUCCAAAGCAGUUCUGUUUUCACAUCUGCCAUUACACCCCUUGUUGGCAUUGGCGUUAUAAGCAUUGAGCGCUCUUACCCGCUCACCUUGGGAGCCAACAUUGGCACAACCACAACAGCUAUACUUGCAGCUCUGGCAAGUCCUGGGAGUACAUUAAAAUAUUCAUUACAGAUUGCCUUGUGCCACUUUUUCUUCAAUGUUUCUGGGAUUAUUCUGUUUUAUCCGAUACCUUAUACCCGCCUGCCAAUCCGCAUGAGCAAGACCUUGGGAAAUAUAACAGCCCAGUACAGAUGGUUUGCUAUAUUUUAUCUUCUCCUCUGUUUCUUUCUGUUGCCUUUGUUUGUAUUUGCUCUGUCACUGGCAGGCUGGGGAGUCCUUUUGGGUGUUUGCCUUCCCCUGUUUCUUCUUUUUAUUGCUGUGGUUGUAAUUAAUGUUAUGCAGAAAAGGAAGCCACAUUCACUGCCUGAGAAGCUCCAAAACUGGGAUUUCCUACCUGUGUGGAUGCACUCCCUAGAGCCCUGGGACAAUAUACUUAUGGCUUCCCUUGCUUUUUGUGGGAAACACUGCUGUGGCUUCUGCAAGUGUUGCAAAGUCAAUGCUGAACAGGAGGGUGCCAAAGACAACCAGCUAAAAACUAUGGAAGUUUAUGAAAACACCAUGGCAAUGGCUGAUGAUGAAAGAGGUGGAAGAAGGGCACCAACAGUAGCUUGUGUUGACAAAACAGGCACAAACAACACAGCAUUAUAG